GGCGGCGGCAGCAUCAGCCAUGUGGCCAGUGGACAUCGCGUGCGCGAGGCCCUUCCUCCUCACCGUCAACCAGAAGGCCGCUCUCGGAGGAGGCCUCUUCGUCUUGGGCGCGCUGGGCACGGCGGCGUCCGGCUGGCUGACGAGCGCGCUGCUGCUGGGUCGGGCGCUGCCCACGCGGCCCCACCUGCUGCUGCUCAGCCUCUCCCUGACGCAGCUGGCGCGCGUGCUGCUCGCCGGAUUCCCCUUCUCCGCCACGUCGGCGCUCUCCGGCAGGUGGCUGUUCGGGCCGGGCUGCUGUCAGCUGUUCGCCUUCCUACGGCAGUUCCUCCGGCUGUCGCAGUCGGCCGCGUUGGCGCUGCUGUCGGUUGAGAGACUCCUCACCACCAGAGGCAAACUCGCAGACGGGCGGCCGCGGCUGCGCUACUACUGGGCGGCGGUGUUGCUGUGUUGGGCGGCGUCGGCGGCGUGGGCCACGCCCCCGCUCUUCGGUUGGGGAAGGUACGAAUGCGACGCAACAGCCACUUCGUGCGACGUGGGCUGGACGCCGUCUGGAGACCGUCUUCGCUACAGCUUGCCGUCGCUGUUGUUGGCCGACCUGCUGCCCGCCGCUCUAGCCGUGACGUGCUCGUGGCGGUCCCUGCGCGCCGGGAAGUCGUGGUGUCUGCACCAGGAGCCAGCCUCCGCCGCCGCUGACCAGCGCUCCUUCUGCAAGACGGUGGCCUGGCUGGUAGCAUCGCUGGAGCUGUUCCACGCACCACAGAUCCUCCUGCAGCUGAUGUCACUAGCAGACGCUUCCCCUCUGCCCCUGCUCAUUAUGAUCGCUCCUCUCUGCUCUGAGGCUAGCACUAUCCUGCCAUUACUGGUGUGUCUAGGUACCCACAAGAAACUGAGGAACACCCUGACAGGCAGACCAACAUGAUAAUUGUGAAUCAAAUUACAGCAAGGAGGAGAUUACCUUCAAUGUUUCAUAUUUGCUGAAGCCACUGUCUGAAAUAACCAUUAUUUAUUGCAACAUAUAAAUUUAUAAAAGUCACCCACUUUCUUUAUGCCCACUAUAAUUUAGAAAAUGAAUUGUUGUAAAAAUGGCAAAUAACCUAACAUACAUUACAGUGAAUUUCUGUUAUGGGAAUAAUA